UUCCUUAUAAUUUCCAAAAAUAAACCAACAAAUAAAACCAUUUCUAAAUGCUAAUUAUCCUAAUAAUAAGCCUCCUUUUAAUCUUUAUAUUCUCUCUCAUCAAACACUUUUACUCUUUACUUUUAAAAACCCUAACCACUAUCUCUCUCUCUCCAAGAAGUUCCAACAUAGUGGAAGCCUAAAGUGAAGCAGUAGUGCAAAUUGCACACAAAUAAUCACAAAACAUGGAUACAUAUGAAGCAACAAAGACAGUUUUGUCAAGAAUCCAAAGUUUGGAUCCAGAAAAUGCUUCAAAAAUCAUGGGUUAUAUACUAAUACAAGACCAAGGAGAUAAGGAGAUGAUAAGGCUAGCAUUUGGUCCAGAAACUUUGUUAAUCUCUCUCAUUAACCAAGUAAAAAAUCGUUUAGGACUUUCAUCGAACAGUUCAUCUGCAGCAUCAACACCUUCAUCGCCUUCGCCGUUUAUUCCCGUUCCAAACCCCAUUAAAUUCAACCCAUUUCCCCAUUCAUCACCAAGAAUCAUUAUAUCAAACAAUGGGUUUCAAUCUUUGCCUUCAUCUCCUUGGUCUGGUGGGUCCCCAGUGUUUUCAAGAAGUCCAAGACCAGUGUCAUAUGCUACUGUAGUGAAUGGUCCAAACUCAAAUACUGCUUCUGGCUCUUCAGAUUCUUCUUUAUCACUACCUUUUUUCGAGCCAACUGAUGAAUAUUGCAAUAUUCAAUUUCAAGAUCAGUUGUCAUUUUUAAAUGAGUCGUUUCUUGAGGAAAACAGUAAUCAAAAUGAUGUUUUUCUUGGUGGGUCCCAUGAUGAUAAUAAUGGGGGUUUUGGUGGUUGGAAGCCUUGCAUGUAUUAUGCAAAAGGAUUUUGCAAGAAUGGAAAUAGUUGUAAGUUUCUGCAUGGUGGAUUUGGCGAGGAAAAUACUCAUAGCAAUGUUGAUUAUUUUGAUGAGAUUUUGCGUGUGAAUGCUUUACAGCAACGGCAAAGAUUUAUGGCUUCUGGUCAUCAUCAUCAUCAUCCAUUUGGUUACAACAGAUCGGCUGCAGCAGCAUUGAUGACAAGUGAUGAGUUCUACAAAUAUGGUCGGUCCCUACCUGACAGAAAUGAAUUCUCAGCAAUGGAGCUAGGUGGAAUUUGGAAUUCUAGCUCGAGACAGAUUUACUUGACAUUUCCUGCCGAUAGCACAUUUAAGGAGGAGGAUGUGUCUAAUUACUUUAGUAUGUACGGCCCGGUGCAAGACGUUAGAAUUCCAUAUCAGCAGAAGCGAAUGUUUGGAUUUGUUACAUUCGUCUAUCCAGAAACCGUGAAGAUUAUCUUGGCCAAAGGGAACCCUCAUUUUGUGUGUGAUUCUCGCGUGCUUGUUAAACCAUACAAAGAAAAGGGAAAAUUCCCAGACAAGAAGCAAUUUCAGCAACAGCAGCAGCCUAUUGAUAGAGGAGAGCUCGAGUCGGGGGAGCUUUAUGAUAUUCCCUUUGGAGCAAGGAUGUUUCAUAACUCGCACGAGAUGAUGUUGAGAAGAAAAAUAGAGCAUGAUGCUGAGUUGCAGCAAGCAAUUGAGCUUCAAGGCAGAAGGUUAAUGAAUUUGCAACUGAUGAAGAACCAACAUCACAAUAAUCACUUCCAACCCAGCCUCUCUCCGGGUGUUUUUUGUUCGUUUAAUCGCAUCAACCAAGAAGUCUUAGCAGAAAACAAAGGUUUCCAGGAACCCACCGAGCCCCCAUCUGAUGCAGCCGAUGAGAAUGUACCUCAGGAGCUGCUACAUACAAAUAAUGGAAAUGGAGGUUCCAAUAAGGAGCAGACCUCGAAUACCGAUGAUUCUUAUCCUCGAGAAAGCUUGGAGCACAUCCUUCCUGAUAACCUAUUUGCUUCUCCCACUAAAUCGGUUGCGGAACAACAUGUCGCGUUUUCCAUUGAUUCAGCUGAAGCUGACGUUAGUUCCGCGAUGACAACGCCAGCAACAACAACAAUAACUACUAACAGCGUCCCUAUGCCUCCCGCCACUUCUGCUCUUCAACAUUACGUCUCUUAAAUGAUGUUGCUUCUUGACGCCAAGGUUUACUUUGAGAAGCCACUGAAACUUAGGUUUUAGAGUUCAGCAUGACUAUGGAGGAGGGAUUAACUUGACUUGACAGGUUGGUAGCAUCAUAAAAUACUAGUUGAAGUCCUCUAGCUGUAUAGCCAAACACAACAGAAGAAAAAUGAUCUGUAAGGAAGAUCUCCUCAAGAUUACUGCCAUCAUCAAAUACCAUACUACUUACAACAAAUACAUAUAAUGCAUAGGUAAAGGACAGAUGAAUUGAUUCAUGGGAGUGGGGUCUCUCUGUUUAUUUUGUGUACCCUCUUUUGUAGUUGUGUGCUGUGGACCGCACAGAAACAAUACCAAAACAAAGGCUAGUAGAGUAGUAGUAACCCUUAGUAGUUUUUUCCUCUUCCCUCUUAAUUAUAGCUUGCUAUCAUGUAAAAUUUAGUGUAGGAUAAUGAAUAUCCUUAGAUUGCCAUGUUUUUGCCAAAUGAAUGUAUAGAUUCCUGAACCUGUUGCAGCUACUUGAUUGAAUGAGAAAUCCAAAAGGAAAAUGAAAGGUAAGACCAUUAAAGAUCAA